AUCAUAGCCUCUUUGAUCCGAAAUCGGACAACUGCUGGAGGCGGGGUCGGGACAUGCGACGCGAGGUAAAGAACUACACAGUGCAUUACAACAAGGUGACAAACGAGCAGGGGCAGCCGAAAUCUGGACAACAGAACGGCGACGUCAUGCUGGAGGUAAUCGAGAAGGGGUGGAACGACCAGGUAGAAGAGGCCGCCACCAAGAAGAUGAAGGAAACCCGCAAAAAGCAGAGGGAGGCGCUGGAGAGGAAGGCGAAGCAAAAAUCCCCAAAUUAGCGGAAAGGGUCAUGAUACCGGCUAUCCCCCAACGUGAGGACCUCGUCAACAAGGAGCUUCCCGAGAAUUUCCUCCCUGCCC